AGGACUAAUGUGACGUCACGGAACUUUCCAUGUUUUUCACACCAUCAGCGACCGAUUCUAUCGGAAUGAGGAAGUGGGCCAUUCGACAGUGUGUACGGAUCCUGCAUAUCUCUGUCUGUUUGGCGAUUAUGUUGCCGUUGUUACUUCGUCCAUCUGCGCUUCAUCGGAUGAUUUUCGCUGGAACUGACAUCAUCCAUGGUGUGAGCUACGUAGUCUGUUUUGCGACCUCCUUGGUGGCCUACAUGAUAGCCAGUUGCGCAGAUCCAGGCUACCUUACACACGAAAAGGCAAGAUUAUUUCGGCACCGUCGAGGCAACCUUUCUGACUGUGAUGGUGAUGAAGUCAUCAGUGAUAAACCGUUUCCCGGUGAGCACAACUCUGGAGCUGAAUGUUGCACCAUGGAAAAGAGGAGCUCGGGGAGAGAUAGCCUUUCUAAGAGUGUGGAGUCUUUCCCUGUAGUUGUCCCCGAGGUAGAUAUGCAGGUAGCGGCACCAGUACUUUCACUGCAACGGGAUUUGAAGAAUUUGGUUCGAAGCUGUCUCACUUGCCCGGUUUCCGGUUGGUUCCUGUCGACUUCGAAUGCGGCUACGACCUAUGAGGAUUUUGUUCUGAACUUAUCUGUCCCUGUCCGAUUUUGCAAGCAUUGUCUUUUAGAACAACCGCUCCGUUGUCGUCACUGUCCAGAAUGUAACCGCUGCGUGAUAAAAUUCGAUCAUCACUGUCCAUGGCUGGCCAACUGCGUUGGAGAGCGAAAUCACUCGGCUUUUGUCGUCUUUUUGACGCUUCAAAUGUUGAUUCUCUGGUGGACUAUGUAUCUCGCUUGGUCGUCUAUCGUGCCGAACUAUCUCUGGACUGACUGGUUCCGGUUGAAUGUACUGUUUCUUAUUGAAAUUAUUGUGCUCAUGAUAAUCGGUAUCCCGCUGACCGUGUUAUUGGGGUUCCACACCUACUUGGCACUGGCCAGUAAGACUACUUGGGAGACGGUUGCCUAUGAGAAAAUUGCCUACCUUCAACAUCUGGACGACCACGCGAAUCCUUUCAAUCAGGGCUUGGCGCGGAACUGUUUUGCGUUUUGCUGCUCCCGCUACCCACUCGGUUGGGAUCGAAUAUACGCUGAGGCUGUUGGGCAAAUAAACACCGAGCAAGCGUCGUUUCCUGCAUCAGGAACGUUGCAGCCCACAGGUGAUCCCAGCGGGAAGCUGUCUAAACCAACCGAGACUGUAUACAUUCGGCUUCAGCCCGAACCACCCACGAGUAUCCGAGAGUCUGCACAACCCCACCAACAAGCUGUGACUAGUUUGUCAAACUCUUCAAACCUCAACUGUCAGAUACACGAUAUUACUCCCGGUUUAACACCAGUUGUAUGCUUGGUGAAUCAGGCUGCUGUCGAUUUGGAGACACAAACAUGACUAAGACUGUGUGGGAUCUCCCGCAUUUUCCAUUUACUUUUCCAUUCACCUUUGAUGCUUCCCGUUCCUAGGACCAGAGCUAACUUUCAGUGGAGUCCCUUCAGUCUCCAUUUGACUCCUACACCAACCGUCAAUCUGCCAACCUAACUCCCACUUACUUUUUUCAGUUCGCAUCAGCAGUUUCUUUUUACCUGUCACUUUUGUAUCAUUCAACCCACUGUUGCUUUGUGCCUUACUUUUGUAAUCUCGCCAUCCCGUGCCACCAUUUUCUUAUCAAAAUUCCUCUUUUCUAGGGCAGCCGAUAUGGUUGGUGGCCUGGAAUCAUGCCAAACCGAUUAAACCUCACUAUCAUCCAACCAGAACAUUCUCUUGCACUGACUAAUUCGGUAAAAUAUCGACCGUCCGGAAACGAGUUUUGUUUCUUUCCUUUACACUUCGAAAUCACCAUUCCGCUGUGUAAAUUCGUUUUUUCCUCAGUUUUGUGCAUUCACUGCAACUAUUAGUUACCUAUCCAGUAUGUGAAUCUUUUUUUCACAGAAUAUUUGGUGGGUAGCUCGGUCAGCUCUUCCUGGUCCCUGUGUGUUGUUCAUCAUUUCACUCACGUUUAUGCAUAACGGCCUUUUGGAACGCAUGCAUUUGGCCCACCCAUUGUACCGGACCACCCGGUCUCUACGUGGUUUAGCAGGAUGAUAUAAGACAAGCGUCUUCGUUCCAACAGUGC